CACCGUUUAAUUUCUACAUUUUUUUUUGUUUUCCUUGGUUCUUAUUUGUAGUAUUUUCAUUGUUCACAUAAUUAGGGUUAAUUUUAUUUCCUUAGCCAGUCUAAUUAAUCUUUCAUGUAUGAUAAUUAAGCCAAUUAGUGCAAGUUUAUAAUUAAGUCCUUGAUAUAUUCAAUCGUAUAUACGGGGACACAAGAUAACUUGGCGUCCAAGCAUCCUUUUCUAUAUGUAGAACCCACUUUUGAGUCCCACCUUUCUUUUAAUUAUUGGUUAUACCCUUUACCCUCUCUUUCUCUCUCUCUCUCUCUGUUAAAACAGUUUAGAAAACCAACUUAACCUAGCUAGUUGAAACAUACAAAGAGAAUACAUGUAGAAGAAGCAGAAGUGGGAGACUAAUAGAAUUGAUUUUAUCUCUACCAAAAACAAGAGGUGAAUCAGGAAAAACGUGUUUUGAAAGAGACAAGGGUGGUGUGAAAGAAAUUAAGGAUCUGUUUUGGGAUAUAUGGGCAUAGGAAAAAGAGAUGACAUGGUGCAAUGACUCAGAGGAGAGGGGAAUUGAUCAACUGGUUGCACCAGCUAUUACUCCUACUUCAACUAAUAACACUACUGUUCUUACUCAUGAUCAUCACAGAAAACCAACUGAAAUUCGCACCAUAACUUGCCCCUCAUGUGGUCAUAACAUUGAAUUCCAAGAUCAGACUGGAAUCAAUGACUUGCCGGGGUUACCAGCUGGGGUGAAGUUUGAUCCGAAUGACCAGGAGAUAUUAGAGCAUUUGGAAGCAAAGGUAUUCUCUGAUGUGCCAAAGCUUCAUCCACUUAUUGAUGAGUUCAUACCAACGCUUGAAGGAGAGAAUGGGAUCUGUUAUACUCAUCCAGAAAAGCUUCCAGGUGUAAGCAAAGAUGGACAAAUCCGCCACUUCUUUCACAGGCCAUCUAAAGCGUACACAACCGGAACAAGGAAAAGAAGAAAGGUUCACACUGAUAAAGAAGGAAGCGAGACAAGGUGGCACAAAACAGGAAAAACAAGACCAGUUUUCGUAGGUGGUGCUGUGAAGGGUUUCAAGAAAAUCCUUGUCCUCUACACCAACUAUGGAAGACAACAGAAGCCCGAGAAGACCAAUUGGGUGAUGCAUCAAUACCACCUUGGUACUAGCGAAGAAGAGAAAGAUGGAGAGUUGGUGGUUUCAAAGAUUUUCUACCAAACACAACCUCGACAAUGUGGUAAUAAUUCCAUUAUAAAGCAGGAUCUUUAUGAUGAAGAAAGAUUGAUGUCUAACCAAAUUAGUGUCCAUAAUGAUGAUGACAAUAAUAUAAUACCUAGAAGUAAUAAUGCAAGUGCUCUCAUGGACUACUACAAUCCUUCUUUCAUAAAUUAUGACCAAUUAGGUGGUCGUAGUAAUAGGGAAAGUUCAGCUCAACUUAUUCCAAAUUUGGCCAUGCAAGGUGAUAGCUCUUCUUUCAUUCGAUUAGCAAUGGAUGCAACCAAAGCCAUGCUGGACAGAAAAUAGCUCCAAUUGAUGAAAGAACUUUCUUGGUAGAAUUCUAUAGUAGUGACAAUGACCAUAUAUUGAUGUUGAUGUUUUUUAUAUUAAUUUCAAUAUACGUAAUAGCAUGUAUUUAUUCUAUAUAUGGGAUGAUAAGGUGAAAGAAAUAAUAAGACAUGACUUUUAUUAUUAUUA